GCACCAUGAACUGCAUCAUCCGACCAUGCACGGUGAAGGACUGCAAAGUCGUCCUGCAGUUCAUCAAGAGCAUUGCCAUUGAUUACAAGGUGCCCCCCACCGAUGUGAAAGUCACCCUGGAAGUGCUGAGAGAGGACGGGUUCGGGGCGCGACCCCAAUACGAGUGCUACCUGGCGGAGCUGCCCCCCGGGCAGACGAACAAGGAGGGUGGCAGCGUCGUGGGUUAUGUCCUUUUCACCUACACCUACAGCACGUGGAAGGGAAGGAACCUCUACAUGGACAAUCUGUACGUCCAGCCCCAGUUCAGAGGCCAGAAGAUCGGGAAGCGGCUGAUAGAGAAGGCUGCCCAGGCAGCCGUGAGCAAGGGCUGUGGCCAGCUCCGCAUGCACGUGGCCAACUGGAAGGCCAAGGACAAGGACUUCCUGGCCCGCCAGGGGGGCGAGGACCUGACGGCCAAGGAGGGCUGGACCCUCUUCAACUUAGACGAGGACGCCCUGCGGAGACUGGCAGCCCAGAGCACAAUUUAG